AUGUCCGCCUCUCCAAUCCCUGAAACCAAUGGCGGCGGACUUGAAAGUCAUGUCACGGUUCAGAAGCGAGCCUACUAUUCACCUCCUUGGGCCGAUGUCAGCAUUAUCGGUGUCGCGGGUAGCUCUGGUUCGGGCAAGUCGACCUUGUCCCAGGCUAUCGUCAAGAAGCUGAACCUACCCUGGGUCGACUCUUUCUAUAAGACCUUGACUCCCGCGCAGUCUAAGCUGGCUUUUGCCAAUGAAUAUGACUUUGACUCUCCUGAUGCCAUCGACUUCGAUGUUCUGGUUGAGAAGCUAAGGGAUCUCAAAGCUGGAAGGCGAGCUGAGAUCCCCGUCUAUUCUUUUGCGAAGCACGCACGACUGGAACAUACAACAUCCAUCUACUCACCUCACGUACUUGUCCUAGAGGGUAUCUUUGCUCUAUAUGACCCCCGAGUAAUUGAGUUGCUUGACAUGGGUAUCUACUGUGAAGCUGAUGCCGACACAUGUUUAUCACGAAGACUUGUGCGUGAUGUACGAGAACGUGGUCGAGAUAUCGAGGGUAUCAUCAAGCAAUGGUUCGGCUUUGUCAAGCCCAACUUUGAAAAGUUUGUUGAGCCACAGCGUAAGGUGGCCGACUUGAUCGUGCCGAGAGGUAUCGAGAACAGAGUUGCCCUUGAUAUGAUGGUUCAGUUUGUCGAGAAGAAGCUGUUCGAAAAGUCGAGACAUCACCGAGAGGCCCUGUCCAGACUUGAGGUCGCAAGUAAGGAUUCGCCUCUGUCUGAUCGGGUUGUGGUUUUGAACGACACACGGCAACUCAAGUUUAUGAACACCAUCCUCCAGGAUAUCGACACGGACCCUGAGGACUUUAUUUUCUACUUUGAUAGACUGGCUAGCCUGAUCAUCGAACAGGCUCUUAACAACGCCCACUUCGAGGCCAAGAAGAUCGUUACACCCCAAGGAUACGAAUACAAGGGUCUCGUGUCAACAGGCGAAGUCUGCGCCGUUAUCGUACUCCGAGGAGGAUCAGCAUUCGAGCCGGCACUACGAAAGACAAUUCCGGACUGCCGAACAGGCCGACUUCUCAUUCAGUCUGAUUACUCAACGGGAGAGCCGGAACUUCACUACUUGCGAUUGCCCGAUGAUAUCGCAAGCCAAGAGAGCGUCUUGUUGCUCGACACCCAAAUGGCUACCGGUGGUGCUGCCUUGAUGGCGGUGCAGGUCUUGGUCGACCACGGUGUGCAGCAGGAUCGCAUCGUCUUGGCGACAUACUCGGCAGGCAAGGUCGGUCUUCACAGAUUGACAUCUGUAUUCCCGGAGAUUACUGUGGUGGUAUGCAAUAUGCUCGACUACCAACAGGAACGAUGGGUAGAGAAGAGUAUAUAUCUUUCCACAACGAAAGAGCUCAAAGGCAAGGCAUGA